CAGAAAGCCAUCCGCGCGGCAGAGGGGUGGGCGGGGGGUGGUGGUCUGUACUAUUUAUCUAGGAUAUGCGCGCACCAUCUGUCUCUCCGGCAGCCAAUCAGCACUCUAAUUCCCACCAUUCUCUCGUCGCCGUCCUCGUGGAUUGUAUCGUAAGCGAGACCAGGCUACUGCAGAUGAGAGCGAGCGCGGGCGAGAGCGCUGUGGAAGAGUUAACGUUGCGUCUCGCCCCUGUGACGUCGUGAGUGAGUGAGGGACUGAUGGGAGAGCUAGAAGGAAGGGAAAGGGAGGUGUACCGUUUGUCGUUGUCGUCGUCCGUCUGUAGAUGCUGUGUAUUUUCUAAUCUUAUCAUUAUCUGACAACAUUUAUGUUGCAUUUUCCUAUGCUUCAGGAUUCAAAAAUAUAGCACAAGUGAACUGCACGAAUUAUUAGCAUAAAGCACAGUAGGCUAUUAUCAAAGCACCGCUACCGAGAGUUGUUAUUUAUUUUUCGUUGCUAGUCGUAGCCAUUGGGAAACGGGAUUUUCAUGGGCGUUUGGAGUGUGUGAGUAUAAUCGUGAGCUGUUGGUAGAAUGUGUGUUUUAGGCUUUUUACUGACAGCGCGUGAACAUUUCCGAUGAAAUGCAACUUUUCGUUUCCUUUUUUUUUUCCCCUGUGAGCUCCAUGUUAUAAAUGUGAUGCCAGUGAUUUUCGAUCGAGCAAUACAUUGACCCAGGCACAACUGUAUUCUCAGCAUAUAAAAAUUGCACAACUUUGUCUGUUCGACUGUAAUCUUAUGACUGUUAUUGGCCUAUUGAGUCGCGGUUUCGAUUAUAGCCUACGUUUGGUUUCCAGAACAAUCUUUGAUAUUUAUAAAUAGGCACGCGACCAUUAUCACGCAAUAUUAAUAAUUUUAUUACACAUGAAGAUUGUCGGAACUCGACAUUAAUAAUCUCUGCAAGCAAUUUAAAGAAAGAUAUUUGUUGUGGUCGCACGCACGCGAGUACACAUUCACGUACACACAUACACCAGCCUCUCCACUGAAAAGGACCUCUACUGAGCGGCGUCCCGCGGAGAGCCCGAGCAGCGCGGUGGAGAGAUGGCCCUGUCAUUUCUUCUUUUCAUUCUCUCUGUGUCUGCCUCGCUCACUGCGGCAGCUCACAAUACAACUGCAGGAUGCAACAUCAUCCGGCCCCCCAGAGAUGGAGGGAUCCGAUACAGAGGCCUGACACAAGAGCAGAUCCGGAGCGUUCAGGUAUUGCCAGUGGACUAUGAGAUUGAGUACAUCUGCAGGGGCAACCGUGUCAUCGUGGGACCAAAAGUCAGGAAGUGUCUGCCCAAUGGAACCUGGACUGAUCCCAACCAGAAAAGCCACUGCUUGCUGCCGUGUCCUCGGGUGUGGACGUCCCUGGAGAAUGGGCGUGUGAGCGUGUGGCCUGCUGGGCCCUCGGUGGAGGGGACGGUGCUGCAGUACACCUGCCUGCCCGGCUUCAUCCUCAUGGGGAGGAACUCCACACACUGCACCAAGGCCGGCAAAUGGGACUCCCCCAAACCCGUCUGCCACUAUGACAGAAAUUACACCGGCAAGAAGAAGCUGUACAUCGGAGCCCUGUUCCCCAUGAGCGGUGGAUGGCCUGGGGGCCAGGCCUGCCUGCCUUCCGCCCGGAUGGCCAUGGAUCUGGUGAACAACAGAACUGACAUCCUACCGGACUAUGAGUUGGAGAUGAUCCACUAUGACAGCAUGUGUGAUCCAGGUGAGGCCACUAAGCUGCUGUAUGACCUGCUCUACUCCGAGCCCAUAAAGAUCGUCCUCAUGCCCGGAUGCAGCUCCGUAUCUACCCUGGUCGCUGAGGCAGCACGCAUGUGGAACCUCAUAGUGUUGUCGUACGGCUCUAGCUCUCCAGCUCUGUCUAACCGCCAGCGCUUCCCCACCUUCUUCCGCACGCACCCGUCCGCCACGCUGCACAACCCCACCCGCGUGCAGCUCUUCCAGAAGUGGAAGUGGACCAAGAUCGCCACCAUCCAGCAGACCACCGAGGUCUUCACAUCGACUCUGGAUGAUCUGGAGCAGCGUGUGAAGGAAGCUGGGAUUGAGAUCAGCGUGAGGCAGAGUUUUCUCAGCGAUCCCGCCGUCGCUGUCAAGAACCUCAAGCGGCAGGACGCCCGCAUCAUAGUGGGACUCUUCUACGAGACAGAGGCCAGGAAGGUCUUCUGUGAGGUCUUUAAGGAGAAGCUGUAUGGGAAGAAGUAUGUCUGGUUUCUGAUUGGUUGGUACGCUGAUAACUGGUUCAAAAUUAAAGACCCAUCCAUCAACUGCACAGUGGAAAACAUGACUGAGGCUGUCGAGGGUCACAUCACCACAGAGAUUGUCAUGCUAAACCCAGAGACUGUACGCGGAGCAUCCAACCUGACGUCUCAGGAGUUCCUGACGCAGCUGAUGUCACGGCUGGGGGGCAAGAACCCCGAGGAGACGGGCGGCUUCCAGGAGGCGCCGCUGGCCUACGACGCCGUCUGGGCCCUCGCUCUGGCCCUCAACAAGACCGUGGGGCCCCUCAAGGCCCGGGGGCGACGUCUGGAGGACUUCAACUACAACAACAAGGACAUCACGGCCGAGAUCUACCGCGCGCUCAACACCAGCUCCUUCGAGGGAGUCUCAGGUCAUGUGGUGUUCGAUGCCCAGGGAUCCAGGAUGGCUUGGACCCUCAUUGAACAGCUCCAAGGAGGAAGUUAUAAGAAGAUUGGAUAUUAUGAUAUGACCAAAGGCAAUCUCUCCUGGUAUGGAAAUGACAAGUGGAUCGGUGCUGGCCCGCCGGCGGACCAGACUCUGGUGAACUUUGAGUACCGCUACCUCUCCCAGAAGCUCUUCAUCUCCGUGUCGGUGUUUGCUGGCCUCGGCAUCCUGUUGGGCAUCGUCUGCCUCACGUUCAACAUCUACAACAGCAACGUCAGGUAUAUUCAGAACUCACAGCCCUACCUCAACAACAUGACGGCGGUGGGCUGCAUGAUGGCCCUGGCUGCAGUGUUUCCUCUCGGACUGGACGGCCUGCAUGUACACAGAGACCAGUUUCCUGUUGUCUGCCAGUUCCGCUUGUGGCUAUUGGGUCUGGGCUUCAGUCUGGCGUAUGGCAGCAUGUUCACUAAAAUCUGGUGGGUCCAUACAGUCUUCACCAAGAAGGAUGAGAAAAAGGACAAGAGGAAGCACCUGGACCCUUGGAAGCUGUACGCCACUGUGGGCAUUCUGUUGGUUAUCGACAUCACGUCCCUCAUGAUCUGGCAGAUAGUUGAUCCCCUGCACAUCACUGUGGAGAAGUUCACCCGUGAGGCUCCUAAAGGGGAUCUGGACGUCUUGAUUGAACCCCUGCUGGAGCACUGCAGCUCAGAGAAGAUGAACACCUGGCUAGGAGUGGUGUAUGGAUAUAAAGGGCUGCUGCUUCUCUUGGGCAUCUUCUUGGCCUAUGAGACCAAAUCUGUCUCCACAGAGAAGAUCAACGAUCACAGGGCUGUGGGAAUGGCUAUCUACAAUGUUUCUGUUUUGUGUAUGAUCACUGCUCCGGUCACCAUGAUCUUGUCGUCCAAGCAGGAUGCCUCCUUUGCUUUCGCUUCCCUGGCCAUCGUCUUCUCUGUCUACAUCACUCUAGUGGUGCUGUUUGUCCCAAAGAUGCGGAGGCUGAUUACUCGUGGCGAGUGGCAGUCGGACCAGCAGGAGACGAUGAAGACGGGCUCCUCCACUAACAACAAUGACGAGGAGAAGAGCCGACAGCUGGAGAGAGAGAACAAAGAGCUACAGAGGAUCAUCCAGGAGAAGGAGGAGAGGGUGUCCGACCUGCGGAACCAGCUGUCCGAGAGGCAGGCUCUCCGUUCUCGCCGGCGUCCCUCCUCGGGCAAUCAGAACCACAGCACGCCGCCCGUGUCUGCCCCACAGGGCGACCCCAAGGCCCUGCUGCCCCCUCCGGGCUAUCCGCUGCCCUCGUCCGACAACCACGCGCUGCCCCCGUCCUUCUCCAACUCCUCCAACCUCUACCAGCCCGACGGCAAGAUCAGCCGCAACCACUGCCACACCAGCCGCCUGCCCCUGCUCUACAAGUGAGAGGAGACCAGGGAGGAGCAGAGGAGAAGAGGAGGAGAAGAGGAGAUCAGAGAGGAGCAGAGGAGGAGACCAGAGAGGAGAAGAGGAGGAGAAGAGGAGACAUCAGGAGCAGAGGAGGAGAAGAGGAGACAGAGUACGGGGGAUUUAAAAGGGAGGACAAAUGUACAUUUCUCUCUCUCUCUCUCUCUUUCUCCCCCUCUUUCUCUCUUUCUCUUUCCCUCUCUUUGUGCAGCCUGUGAGGGGGUGGAUGUGCCAUUUUGGUUUUGAUGGGGUGGAGGUUUGUGUUUGUUGUUCUGUUAGCAGGAAAUCAAACCACAUUCACAGUGAGAUGACACAGAUCAGACCAGAGGGGGAGACUUAAGGUGGGGGUGAACAGUUGAGUCAUUACGAAAGGCUGAGUGAUUUUCCAUGAAA